UUUCCUUGCUUUGUUUUCUUCCCUUAAAGCCGCCUGGCUGGGCGCUAGGGCUUGGCGGAGAGCUCACAGGAAGAGGGAGAGCUCGAGAGCGCGCCUGGCGGCAGAUUCUCGAUCGAUCUCGAUCGAUGCUGCCGUGUUAGCAAAGGUAGCAGGAGGAAGAUUUUGCAAGCAUUCGGCGUCGGAUUGCCCGACGCCUUGGAAAGAUCGUCGCCCGGGGGGCUUGUUUUCUUCUUCUUUCUUCCCAGGUCAAUCCCCCAGGCGCUUCCAUUGGUUAGAAGAUCCGGGAAUUCGCAAUCCAAUCCUCCUCUCUUUCUAUUCUGCGCUCCUUCUCGCGAUCUUUUCUUCCAAGAAGAGAAAUAUUUCGAGCGAUCUUGCGCGAGAGAGAGAGAGAGAGGGGAUGAGGACUCGGCGGGGGAACUAUCCCUCUCCUUCCGAUGGGAUCACUUUCAGCAUCAAGCCCAGCGUCCAGAAGCGGCGGCUGCCGAGCGGCACAUCCGACCGGCCAGCGAAAGCCGCUCGAGCGCCGUGCUUCUUCGAUUCCCUGCACGACGACGUGCUCAUCACGAUCAUCACGGCGGUGAGCUCCACGGCGUCGUCGCCGGCCGAUCUCGUCAACACCAUGCUCACCUGCCGGAGAUUCUGCGCGGCCGCCACGAAUCCCCACGUCCUGGCCAACGCAUCCACCGCCGCGCUGGCCGUGAAAGCAUCGAGCUGGUCUGAUGGAUCGUCGCGCUUCCUCAAGCAGUGCGCCGACGCUGGCAACAUCGAGGCUUGUUACACAGUGGGAAUGAUUCGAUUCUACUGCCUCCAUAACAGAGGCGGCGGCGCCUCCCUCAUGGCCAAGGCGGCGAUGGCGUCCCACGCGGCGGCGCUCCACUCCUUAGCGGUUAUCCAAUUCAAUGGCAGCGGGGGAAGCAGGAAGGACAAGGACCUCAAGGCGGGCGUUGCGUUGUGCGCGAGGGCGGCGUCGCUGGGCCACGUCGAUGCAAUGCGCGAGCUCGGCCACUGCCUGCAGGACGGCUACGGCGUCGCCCAGAACGUGGUCAAGGGGAGGGGACUGCUGCUCGAGGCCAACACCAGGGAGGCGGCGGCGGCGGUGGCGCAGUCGCCACGCCGCUUCAUGGAGGCGGCGCUCCACCUCACUGCCAAGGGCGGCGCCAUGGCAUGCCUCCACCACCACCUGCAUUACUACGCCGUCCUUGGCAAAGGCGCGCUGGCCAAAUCAUCCUCCUCGUCGCCUUUGCUCCAGCAAUCCCAGGAUCAUCAUCAUCAUCAUCAUCAGCAGCAGCAAUCCGAGAGGACCCAACUCCACCAGCAUCACCACCAACAGCACCAACGAUCGAUGCUCUUGUCGCCAAUUACGAGUAACUCCGGAGGAGGAUUGUAUUGCUCGUCACCACCAUCGACGCCAGCAGCAGCAGCAACAGUAUCGGCGAUCGAGUGCCACCCGGUGUACACACUGCUCCAGAGCGGGGGGUGCUCGCUACUCAGUGACUUUGGCUGCAACGUUCCUCCACCCAAGCUGCACGUAGCAAACCGGUUCAUGGUCGAUUGGUUCGUGGCCAAGCCGCCCGAGUCGGGGCUCCGCCUGUGCUCGCACUCCAACUGUGGGCGGCCCGAGUCGCGGCGGCACGAGUUCCGGCGUUGCUCGGCCUGCGGCUCGGUAAAUUAUUGCUCGAGGGCGUGCCAGGCCUUGGACUGGAAGAUACGGCACAAGUGCGACUGUACGCCGGUGCCGGACUGGGAGGACCGGGAGGAGAAUGGCGGCGGCGGCGGCGCUGGUGGUGGCGGUGGUGGCGAAAGAGGAGGAGACGAGGAGGAUGAUGACGAAGAGCAGCGCCAGGGCUUUGAUGAGAUGGAGGAAUCUUAAAUGAGGGGCUGGGCGCGCUCUGUCUGGCUGCGGGCAUGGCAUCUGGCAGAGCUUUAAUUGCAAAAGCUCUGGGUCAAGGCCGGUCAAGGCUGGUCAAGGCGGGGCUAAAAGGAACUAUAUACUGUCCGGACUCUCUGCCCGCGCACACACAAACGAACAUUAAAUCAAUGGAGAGGAGCCGCCGGGAAAAAAGAGAGGUGGUUUUCUAGAGAGCCAAUAUACCUGGAUGGAGCAGUGCUGCAAUGCCAAGCAAGCAAUGAGGCAUUCGUUUGAUUCA